ACCUCAGCCUGCGGCGGUAUGCAGGGGAUGGCUGCGUCAUGCAGGGGAUGGUUGCGUCAUGCGGGGGGCAGGGGAUGGCUGUGUCAUCCGUGGGGCGUUGAGCUGCUCAUCUCUGCGGCGCAAUGCAGGGGCUGCUUGAGUCAUGCGGGGAACGCUCGGCGUCACCGCGGGUUGCUGCUGCUGCUGCUCACGCGGACGCUCAUUGCCACUGGGCUGCACACACACACAGACAGACAUGCACAUACACAGGUGAUGUGGGUGGCUGUGUUGUGUGUGUGUGUGAGUGUGUGUGUGGGCGGGGAGGGGGCAGGGGCGACGGACGUACUCACCUUGGCGGGCACCCCAGUGCGUUUGCGCAGGUCCCAUAUCUUCUUGCGGUCGCCCACGAUGCGCAUCGCGGCCAUCUCCUGCUCGCUGCACACGACACACAACAUACCAUACCACGUCGGGAGGUAAGCCAUGAGCAGCUCUCUCUCUCUCUCUCUGUGUGUGUGUGUCUAUGUGUGUGUGUGUGUGUCUGUGUCUGUGUCUGUCUGUCUGUGUGUGUUAUGCGGCUUACAGCUUUUCGAUGUCCUCCUCAAGUCGGUACACCUGGCGAUACUCCUGGACACGACCAUGCAUGGAGACCGAUGCAUAAAAUGCUGCUGUGUUGUGUCCCUCCCUCCCUCCGUCACUCCGUCCCCCACUCACCGCAGCAUUGGCUGGUGCCGUGGCAGCGAACGCGCCCCUGCCGGUGCCAGAAGGCUGCUGCUGCUCGCCUGUGGGCUCCUCCUCGUCCUCGUCCAGGUCGAUGGUGAUGACCUCACGGUCAGAAGGGGGCUGGGGAGGCCCCGUGGCAUGCACCUGAAGGAAGGAAGGAAUGAACCACACGCACACAGGGAACGGGUAGGCGCCUUUAUCUCCCUCCCUCUCGCCCUCCCUCCCUCCCUCCCUCCCUCCCUCUGUCUGUCUGUCUGUCUGUCUGCUUUGUGGGUGUGUGUGAGGGUGCUGAUCCACUGGUACCUGGCGGCCCAUGCCCAAACCUGGACCUGCGGGUGCUCCGAUGCCCCUGGGUGGCUGCGGCUUGGGCCGCACCUCCUUGCCCAACACGUUGCUGGCCACCUGGCCACUCACACCAACAACAACACCACUGACACGACCACCACCACGGCCGGCUGAAGCAGCUGCUGCCGCCGCUGCAGGGGCGGCCACCUGCUGCACCUGGAGUGGCUGCUGGUGCUGCAUAGGCACCUGGUUGCUCUCCUCCCGCCCGGUAUACUGCUGCUGCUGGGGCUGCUGGUAUUGGUACUGCUGCUGUUGCAUCAUGCCGAGCAAGCCAGGUCCCUCCCGCAUGGGCUGCGAUGGCAUGGUGGGAAUGGGCGACUCUUGCGGGGGCGGCGAGAGCGUCUCCUCAAACCCAGACGCACCCGAGUUGCGGCCGGACGUGAACGGCGGUGUGGUGAUGAACGGCGGCUGCAGCACCUCCAUCCGCUCCACCUCCUUGUGGUGUUCGAUCAGCCGACGGGUCGCGGCCUUCAUCCGCGCCGUCCGGGCGAGCUGGUCGGUGAUGUCGGGCUUCUUGCGACGCAUCCCUGGGGCGAGGAUGGCCGGUGCGCGGGUGCCGGGGUGCCCCAUGUACUUCUUCAGGAACUUGUUCAGGAAGCCCACUUGCGCAACGAGCGGGUUCCCCGUGCCGUGUCGCUGGCGAGGCAAGUGGGCCCUGCCCGAGCCGACCCUGCCUGGGGGCGGGUUGUGCCGCUGCCAGAACAGCCAGGCACUGGGCCCUUCGUCCUCCAUCGCGCCCAUCAUCGGCUCCAUUGGCUCGGUCACCUCAGAGGGAUGUGGGACACGUCAAAUGAGAGUUGAAAACGGUGGUGCUCCGCGGGUUCGACACACAGAAGACAGCGGGAAGCUUCUAACUAAAGGAAAUGUGCA